GAGUCACCCUGUAAGAACCACUUGUUACAUGCAUAUACAGCCGGCGCCCGCCUCUGGUCACACUGUCCAUUUUUAAUUUGUUACAAUAGUCGCUUUUUUUAUAAUAUUUUAUCCGUCUUUUAUGCAAUAUAUUUAAUUAAUAAUAGUAAGAAGCAAUCCAACACAAACAUGCAAUCUGUACUCACCCGCUCGUUAGGCAUCGCCCGCAGAUCCUUAAAUGCUCGGCAAAUCGCCUCGUUGUCGGCGCUUUCGGAGACGCAUCAGAUGCUGCAGAAGUCCUGUCGGGAUUUUGCCAACAAUGAGCUCAGUGGAAACGCAGCCAAGUUCGAUCGGGAGCACCUGUAUCCAGAAAAACAGAUCCGACAGAUGGGCGAACUGGGCGUGAUGGCAGUAGCGAUCCCCGAGGAGCUGGGUGGCACUGGGCUGGAUUAUGUGGCCUACGCCAUUGCCAUGGAGGAAAUCUCUAGGGGUUGUGCCUCUGCAGGCGUCAUCAUGUCGGUAAACAACUCCCUGUAUCUGGGACCCCUUCUCUCCUUCGGAAACGAUUCCCAGAAAAAGGACUACAUCACCCCGUUUACCACCGGCGAACGAGUGGGUUGCUUUGCCCUCUCUGAACCUGGAAACGGAUCCGACGCUGGAGCUGCUUCCACCAUAGCCAUCGACAAGGGAGAUCACUUUGUGCUGAAUGGCACCAAGGCCUGGAUCACCAAUGCCUUCGAGGCGGAAGCAGCCAUUGUGUUUGCCACCACCAACAAGCAGCUGAAGCACAAGGGCAUCUCCGCAUUCAUUGUGCCCAAGGCUACCAAGGGCUUUUCGCUGGGCAAGAAGGAGGAUAAGCUGGGCAUUCGAGGAUCAUCGACCUGUCAGCUGAUAUUCGAGGACUGCGUAGUGCCGAAGGAGAACAUGCUGGGCGAGCCUGGUUUCGGUUUCAAGAUUGCCAUGCAGACGCUGGACGCGGGCCGUAUAGGAAUCGCUGGCCAGGCGCUUGGCAUUGGUCAGGCUGCCCUGGAACUGGCCGUGGAUUACGCCCAGAAGCGACAGGCCUUCGGCAAGCCGAUUGCUAAGCUGCAGUCGAUCCAGCAAAAGAUCGCGGACAUGUCGUUGGCCAUGGAGUCGGCACGUCUGCUCACCUGGCGCGCCGCCUGGCUGAAGGACCAAAAGCAGCCGUACACCAAAGAGGCCGCCAUGGCCAAGCUGGCUGCCUCGGAGGCGGCCACCUUGUGCUCCCACCAGUGCAUCCAGAUCCUCGGAGGAAUGGGUUAUGUGACCGACAUGGCUGCCGAGCGUCACUAUAGGGACGCCCGCAUUACCGAGAUCUACGAGGGCACCUCCGAGAUCCAGCGACUGGUCAUCGCGGGCUCCAUUCUCAAGGAAUAUGCUAGUUAAGAUAAAAGUUAACAUGAAUAUCAUUUGAAGCAUGGUUCGGCUUUGUAAUUGUAAUUUGUACUUGU